AUGAAAAAAUGGGAAAACGGCAAUAAUAUAACCGAAAAGCGGAAUUCCACUAGUAAACCGCUAUGUAUAAUCUUCGCAUUCAUACUGUCAAUCCCGUUGACGGUGGUUAUUGCAUUCUUUUUGUUGAAAAAUUCGAAAGCCGAUGCAAGUGACGUGGAAGCCUUUUUCACUUCCUUACGUGUUAUUGGGCAUCGUGGGUCGCCGGAAAAUCUUCCGGAGAAUACUUUGGACAGUUUUCAACAGGCUCUUCUCGAUGGGGUUGACGGGAUUGAAUUUGAUAUAUCUUUAACGAGGGAUGGUUUUCCUAUUUUGAUGCAUGACGAUAGUUUAGACAGGAUGACAAAUAUGACCGGUCCAAUCUCAUCGAAAACAUUGGCCGAAUUGGAGGAUUGCUACGUUGGGAUCGAUUUUAAUAGAACAGGACCCUCAAAUCGUACUGUAGUGCCCUCAAGAAUCCCCGAAUUAGAAGACCUAAUAAAAUUAGUGCAACCGAGCAAGGUUCGACUGAUCUUCGAUAUGAAGGACGAUAAUGAAAAGCUAGUCGAGACAAUAAGUGGCAUGUUUCGAAAGCAUGGUCUCUACAAUCGCUCGGUCAUCGCUUCUUUUUCUCCUAGCGUUUUGUAUUCGUUCAAAAGGGCCGAUCCAAAGUUUAUUACAGUAUUGAUCUUCCGUGAUCGUUUCUAUUCGACGUGGUACUACGAGGGCAUCCACGAUCAACGGCCUCGAUCAAAGGGAUUGUGGCAGCGAUGCUUAGAACUUGGGGACUGGCUGAAUAUGGUGGCCAUUAACGGAUUUCUGCCAUCAUUCUUGGGAGUCGACGGGCUGAUGGGAUACAACAAGAAUAUUAACGAACUAUGGGUGCAAGAGCAACGCGAUCGUGGGCUUCACGUUCUUGCCUGGACCGUCAAUGAGCUUCCGGAAAUGUUAUGGAUGCAGGAGAAGCUUCAGGUCCCAUUCCUCACCGAUCGUUCUUACGAAAUUGCUCGGCUAGGUCGCAUCGCUGCUGACAUCAAUAAAACCUAUGCA